AUGAUUCCUCCACUUCUCACCUCACAUGGCCUGUCAGUUACAGUUGACAUUAAAAGUGUGAAACACCAGACUGCAAAAAUAGUUCCAAUUUACAUCCUGAGAACAAGAAAAGAUAACCAAGAGUUAAUUGAUAAAAAAGAACAAGAGAAGUCUGAACUUCAGAGACUGCUAGGAGAGAAACUGUCAGAAUUAGAAAUCACUCAAAAAGAAAAAAAUAAAUUACUAGAAAAUAUUCAUGAAUUAAAUCAAGAGAGAGAUCAGCAGGUAAUGAAGAAAGACAAGCUGAACCAAAAGUCUGGAAGUUAUAAUAAUGAAGGUGCUGGCCUGAAAGCAGAGGCUGAAGCAGCUGCAGAGAAGCAGGCAAGAAUGAAUGAAUUGCUGAAAGAUGAGAAAAAACAGCUAUCAGAUUAUGAAGAUCUGUAUGAGAAAUAUCAAGGGCAAUUGAUGAAAUUUAAGGAUGAAGAAAUUCAGAUUAAUAGUGACUGUAUUCAACUUGAUGCCCAACUGAAGGAAGCUCUGGAACAUAUUAAGGAAGAUAUUGCUGACCUAUGUGAGGAAAAGGAUUCUCUCCAGUACAAGCUCACUAAAAUUCAGGAAGUUGUUGGUGGAAAGAAAUCACAGUAUGAAGUAGCAAAAUCUGAGUUAGAAGUAUAUGUUCUUCCUGAAAGGACAGAAAAAGAGAAGUUGAAGCUUUUGAUUCAGAAUCUCGAGAAAAUGACUGAACGUCUCUUAAAAACAAAGGAGCCUGAGAAUGCACCACGGUUAAUUGACUUAAUCAAAUUAGCAGAUGAGAGAGUUCGUGUGGCAUUUUACUUUGCUCUACGUAACACACUUGUUGCAAAUGAUGUAGCACAAGCAGCAAGAGUUGCAUUUUCUGGAGGAAAUCGUUACAGAGUAGUUACUUUACAAGGACACAUCAUUGAAGCUACAGGUGAAAUGACAGGUGGUGGCCAUACUGUGAAAAAAGGUCUAAUGAGUCAAAAAGUACCUGAAGCUCCAGUUACUCAGAAAACUGUGGAGGACCUUGGAAAACAGAUGCAAGAAUGCCAGAAAAAACUUGAAGAGUUUACUAGGAAAAUUCAUGAGCUUGACAAAAAAAUUUGUUUCCUUGCACCAGAGAUAAAUAAUAUGAAAACCAAAACACAAAAGUUGGAAACUGAAAUUAUGACACUUCAGAGAGAACACCCAAAACUCGAGCAUGAAGUAAAGAAUCAGAAAAAGAGAGUGUUAGAAGUUACAGUUGAUCCAGCAAAAGUUGCAGCUCUCACAUUGGUCUUGGAGAAAGCCAAAAAAGAUUAUGAUGAUGCAAUGCAAAAGGCCCAGGAAGUGAGUUCAGAGGUGAACUGCUUAAGUAAUGAAAUAGAGGAUAAGAUUAACAAUAGAGUUGGCUUAAUUAAGAAAAAUGUAGAAAAAAACAAAAAGAAACUAUCAAGCAAGUGCUAUGAAAUAACAAAAACAAAAGCUGAUAUUAAAAGAGCGGAAAGAUUUACAGGUGAAUUUGGUAUAGUUGCUCACCCAUUUGUUCAGGGUGUCAUACCAAAAUUAGGACUACUGCAGCAACAGACAUAA